AUGGAUCUGGAUUUUGUUGAUUCUAGCCAGCUAUUGCUAUUAAUACUAUCUGCAAUUACUCAUUCUUUAUCAGGAUUCAAUGUGGAGACUGUUGAAUACAAGAACAUAAGCUUCACUGUCUGGGAUGUUGGUGGUCAGGACAAGAUCCGACCAUUGUGGAGGCAUUACUUCCAAAACACACAAGGACUUAUCUUUGUGGUCGAUAGUAAUGAUCGUGAUCGUGUUGUUGAGGCUAGAGAUGAGCUGCACCGGAUGUUGAAUGAGGAUGAACUGAGGGAUGCUGUGCUGCUUGUGUUUGCUAACAAGCAAGAUCUUCCAAAUGCUAUGAAUGCUGCUGAGAUUACUGACAAGCUUGGUCUUCAUUCUCUCCGUCAACGUCACUGGUACAUUCAGAGCACUUGCGCUACCUCUGGAGAAGGGUUGUAUGAGGGGCUUGACUGGCUCUCAAACAACAUUGCAAACAAGGGUUGAAUGCGAGAUCCAUGAUUUUUGCAGCUAUGUUUUUGUCAAUAUAGACUUCAACAAUGUCUAGAGCACUUAUGUACUUACUGAUGUUUCUUUCGCGGGAUAGAUCUGCUUAUCCCUAUUGUUAUCAGCAUGUUUGCCCUUUCUUUUAAAGAAUGGUACUCUGCAGUAACUUUAGGUUAAAUUCAUGUAACAUUUUGCACUUUGGCUGACAUAUGCUCAGCGACUUUGCCUUCAACAUUUUAUUUUAAUUGAGAUUAAGGUUCUCUCCCCGUAAUUGAUUGGUUAAAGUUGGUGA